GUCGAUCCAUGAAGAUCAUGAGUUCGAGUAAAGUGAUUUUGUGCCUUAUAGGACUACAGUUAGUUGCGGCACAAACAUACGCAAACAGUUACCCGUACAGUACGGCAAUCAUAACGGAAUCUAAGCUACUGAAAGGUAUCUCUGGAAAGACAUCUAAUCAGGGAGGAAAGAAUUUACGUGAUUUUAAUCGGGAUCAUGUGUACGACGAGGGUGGAAAAAUCAACUCGGGAGCGGAUGCCGUGCGUUACCAUGCGUUGGAUAAUCAGUUGAACGGUCACAGAAUUGCCGAUUCCUCCAAGGGUGGUUCGGUGGAUAAAGUGAAAUUAUUGACUGGUGAAAAUUUUGAAGCAGAUAAGUCCCACAAUCGAAAACAAGUGAAAUCAGGGUUUUCGAAUUCCUAUCACAAGGAUGAGAACGGUAGUAAGACUUCGUACUACGAGGACUCCGACGAUCGCGGAGGGAAGCAGGUGUUUGAUAACAGACAAAAUGUGAGAAACAAUUACAACGAUCAUUUGUACGACAAGGAGUUACGGAAUGAUCAACUUCGGGAUCGACACGAUGACCGGUACGGUGGAACGGAACUCCGUGGGAUUCGUGAUUAUCACCAUCAGGCGGCAGCUGACCGAGGUAAUCUUCACGACUAUCGUAAUGGUUUUCGUGACGAACAGGAUCACCACAUCGAUGAGUACGGGAUCGAAUUUUAUCCCGGAUUACCACCAUUGAUUCCCGUUCGUAACUCGGACGACUUGUUCCAACGGCGUAGUUACUAUGAACCCCGACCAAUGUUCGCAACGGGAUCACAUCGAUCCGGGCCUAUUACGGUCUAUGAAGAUCCCAGGGAGUAUCUGUACGAUCAUCGGCACCCACCGACAAACAACCGAAGGGACGGAACACUGUUUCGUCGAUUUGACGAUGACCUAGCAGAGCGAACGAGAAUUAUUUUCAGACCCAGUCCGUUGUUGAACUACAGGCGAUACUAAUUGAUUUGGUGUGUUGGUUUACU